AUGGCAAAGAUGCAAGAGGAAAUAAAUCAACGUGCCAAUACUACCAAUCCUUCUACACCUCCAGCGGUCGAGACUCCCACUCCAGUUCCUCAAGUUGACCCUCCAAUCAACAUUAAUGCACCCGGUGGUGCUCCAAACGACAAUCCUCGUCCGCAUGUCUUUGAGACAGAUGACCAAUACGAUGCAUUCUUCAACCCAAGGGCUGCUUCUCAGGAUGGCGCCUUCGGUUCAACAACCAACGAGGUGGAGAGGAAGGUGAAGGCUAUCGGGGAAAAGCUCAAGGAAAGGGGGAUCGCUGAUGUUUUGGGCCUUGAUGCGGAAAAACUGUGCCUGGGAGUUAGGACCCCAACAUCGGUUCUUCCUCCCGGUUAUGAUGCAAAUGCCCAUUAUGGAUUUCAUUAUGGAGCUCCUGGGCAUUCGAUCGAGAAUUGUAAAGCAUUAAAGUAUAGGGCUCAAGAUCUUAUUGAUUCUAAGGCAAUCACGUUCGCCCCCAAGGGGCCGAAUGUAAAUAACAACUCGAUGCCCCCUCACAAUAAUGCAGCCGUGAAUAUGAUGGAAGCUGACAAUGGAAGGAGAUUGAUGUCCUGUAUGGACGAGUUAAAAACACCACUCAUCGAGAUCAAGAAUGCUUUAAUGAGGGAAAAUGCCUUUCCCAUCUGUAGUAAUGACUGUGAACACUGCCUGAUUAACCCGCAACAGUGUAGGACGUUGAAGUCUAUCAUACAACAAUUAAUGGACCAAGGGAUCUUGGUGGUAAACUGCCCGUCCACAAAAGAAGAUGUGUCUACCCUCGAUAUACCAUACAACGAAGUCCCUCCUCUACAAAUUCCAUAUGACUUCUCCCAGUUAACUCUGUCAACAAAUCCUGUUACUCCAAUCAUAAUAACAGUUCCCACACUAUUCCCGUAUGUUGACACCAAGGCAGUCCCGUGGGUGUAUGACACCUCAAUCUACAUUCAUGGCCAGAAGAGUCAAGAAGAACCGUUGAAGUUUAGUGAUCCAAUGAUCAAUAUCACCGGAACUGGAGGAAUUACAAGAAGUGGAAGGAUAUUUGCACCGAUACUCACUCCAAUUGGAACUAUCAAUCCUUCAACUUCAGAUAAAGGCAAACAAAUUGAUGGCACUAAUCAAAGACAAGACCCUGCACCUUCCAAUAAAGUAUACGAGUUCUUACACAUUAUCAAGAAGAGCGAUUAUCGAGUAGUUGAUCAGCUUAACCAGGCACCCUCGAAGAUCUCAAUGUUGUCUUUAUUAAUGUGCUCGGAGGCCCAUAGGGAUGCUUCGGUAAAAUUUCAGAGGAUAACUCACGUACCGCAAGAGAUCUCUAUUUGUCAGUUUGAAGAGGUAUUUAACAAUAUCACUACUUGCCUAAGCUUGGGUUUCAGUGAUGAAGAGCUUUCCACCGAGGGGAGGAAUCAUAACAAGGCUCUCCAAAUUUCUAUUGAGUGUAUGGAAACAGUCCUAUCAAGAGUUUUGGUAGACACUGAGUCUUCUCUCAAUGUGAUGCCUAAGAGCUCCUUUGCUAAGCUAACUGUCAAAGGACUCGUAAUGAAGCUGAGUGAGCUUAUAGUAAGAGCAUUUGAUGGGACUAGGAGGACUGUAAUCAGUGAGGCGAAUUUGCCUAUGAAGGUUGGCUCCCAUACUUUCCUUAUCACUUUCUUCAUAAUGGACAUCUAUCCAUCCUACAGUUGUCUACUUGGAAGGCCUUGGAUUCAUUCAGCUGGUGAAGUCACUUCAAUGCCCCACCAAAAAUUGAAAAUCUUAGCUGAUGAUAAACUAGUUGUUGUCGAAGGUGAGGAGGACAUUAUGGUAAGUCACCUCGCAUCUUUCCGAUACGUUGAAGGAGAAAGGGAGAUAAGGGAAGUCACGUUCCAAUCUUUUGAAGUUAUCAAUGCUGAAAUGGUCUGCCCAGCAAAGGAUAAAUCAAAAGAUGCUGAAUCUCCAAUGGCAUCUCUUAAGGACGCCUUGCCAAUCAUAAAGGAUGGACACCCCCAAGGAUGGGGAAAUUGCUUGAACUUUCUGCCAAUAAGGAUCGUACCGGUUUAG